UUACCCCUCCUACUGAACACUCAUAAAAGGUGCCUUCCAUGGACUCAGUGGGCUGCUCUACCUGACCACAGUUGAGAUGGAGAGAUUCAGCAGAAUCAUGCAUUUUGGGGGACCACUGCUGCAAACCACCCUCUUGAUUGCCUCUGUUUGGAAAUUAGCAGCUUGCUCUGAGGUUACAAUCGUGGGGGGACAUGAGGUCAAGCCUCACUCCAGGCCAUGGAUGGUGUCCCUUCAGGUUGAUAACAAUCACAUCUGUGGGGGCACUCUGAUCCGAGACCAGUGGGUUCUGACGGCAGCUCACUGUAAGGGUGUCUUUGGUGAGUCUAAGAAAUCCGUGACAGCCCUCCUUGGAGCUCACUCUCUGACAAGCAGCAAAAACAAAAACACACAGCGGGUAGCCAUUGAGGAGUACUAUGUGCCUGGCACCUACAGUGACAGAACCAAGGCAGAUGACAUCAUGUUAAUCAAGCUGAAGACGAAAGUCAAGACAAACAGCAAGACAGUGAAAGUGAAAGAGGUUUCAAAGUCUGGCAAAGACCUCCAGGCUGGCACACAUUGCCAUGUGACAGGAUGGGGGGUGGUAAGUGCUACAGGUAGCAUGCCAUCAGACACACUGCAGGGGGCAGAGGUGGACAUACUGGACAGGAAGCUCUGUGAUUGCUUCUACAACAGAAACCCUGUGAUCACCCAGGACAUGCUCUGUGCUAGCAACAACAAAAGACAGGCAGAUGCUUGCAAGGGGGAUUCUGGUGGUCCGUUGGAGUGUAACAAAGCCUUUGUAGGCUUGGUGUCUGGAGGAAUGGGCUGUGGCAACCCCAAGAAGCCUGGAGUGUACACCCGGUUCUCCAAAAGACACCUGGAUUGGAUCAACAAGAUCAUCAAGCAUCAAUCAAACCCCGCCAAUGUUGGCAUCCUGUAAGGAUGGAAUGGGUCAGACCAUAGAUUGUUUGAACUAGAAUCAAAUCCAGUCCAGCUCCUAGGUCCCUAAGGCUCAUACAAUACAUGCAUUUAUGUCAUCACCCAUUUGCCUUUCUGUUUAAAAUAAAGAGUAACUGCAACUAUA